AUGGCUGCCCAUAUUUCUAACGGCAAUGGCGCAUUAUCGCCGGCGUCUAGCUACGAAGGCGCGACACUUGCGGAUCUUCCCAAGUCAUGGCAUUUGACCGAAUCUCUUCCUGCCGAUUCCAUCUUCCCAACGCCUGCCGACUCCCACAAAACUCCUCGAGAUCAGAUUACACCUCGGCAAGUUCGCAAUGCCGUAUACACGUGGGUCCGGCCAGCCGAGCAGAAGGAUCCGGAGCUCCUGGCCAUCAGCCCAGCUGCGUUGCGCGAUUUGGGAAUCAAGUCUGGUGAAGAGUCCACCGAUGACUUUAGGCAGCUAGUAGCUGGGAACAAGUUAUAUGGCUGGGAUGAAGAGAAGCUUGAGGGAGGAUAUCCCUGGGCCCAGUGCUAUGGAGGCUUCCAAUUCGGACAAUGGGCUGGCCAACUAGGCGACGGCAGGGCCAUUUCUCUUUUUGAGACCACCAACCCUGCGUCUCGUGAGCGCUAUGAGCUCCAACUCAAGGGUGCUGGCAUGACACCCUACUCACGGUUCGCUGAUGGAAAGGCGGUCCUACGAUCCAGUAUCAGAGAGUUCAUUGUCUCGGAAGCACUCAAUGCCCUAAAGAUCCCCACCACUAGAGCGCUAUCACUUACGCUUCUGCCAGAUUCAAAGGUUCGUCGAGAGACCAUUGAGCCGGGGGCCAUCGUUCUGCGUUUUGCUCAGUCGUGGUUGCGUCUUGGUAACUUUGAUAUCCUUCGAGCUAGAGGAGACCGUAAGCUUAUUAGACAACUGGCCACAUACAUCGCCGAGGACGUAUUUGGUGGCUGGGAUAAGCUGCCAGGUCGACUUGAAGACCCUGAAGAGCCUGUUAAAUCACUGGAUCCCAAGCGUGGGGUUUCUUCUGAGACUAUCGAAGGAGAAAAUGGUUCCGAAGAGAACAGAUUUACGAGGUUGUAUCGUGAAAUUGUACGGCGCAAUGCCAAAGUGGUGGCCCACUGGCAAGCGUAUGGGUUUAUGAAUGGUGUUUUGAACACGGACAACACCUCGAUCUACGGGCUUUCAAUAGAUUUUGGUCCAUUUGCUUUCAUGGACAAUUUUGAUCCUGCUUAUACACCCAAUCAUGAUGAUUACACCCUUCGCUAUAGUUACAGAAACCAACCCACCAUUAUCUGGUGGAACCUCGUUCGCUUUGGCGAGGCCAUCGGUGAACUCAUGGGCGCAGGCGCCAAUGUUGACGAUGCAGCUUUUGUCAACGAAGGCGUUACCAAAGAGCAAGAGUCUGAAGUAGUGGCAAGGGCCGAGAAGCUUAUUACACAGGCUGGAGAAGAGUACAAGGCAGUGUUCCUCGCAGAGUACAAACGACUCAUGACUGCUCGUCUGGGUCUCAAGACGCACAAGGACUCUGACUUUGAUAUCCUUUUCAGUGAGGCACUCGACACUUUGGAGGCCCUGGAACUCGACUUUCACCACUUCUUUCGUCGUCUCAGCAAGCUCAAGUUGCAGGAUAUCGCCACGAGAGAAGCACGGAACGAGAAGGCGUCUGUCUUCUUCCACAAAGAAGGCCCCCCAACAACUAUUUCCGAAGAGGAUGCCAGAGCGCGUAUUGAGAUCUGGCUUGAAAGCUGGCGCGAGCGUAUCAUCGAAGAUUGGAAGGACGGGGCAGGGAACGUCUCAGAAUCUACAGACGGUGACAGAAUCGAGGCGAUGAAGCGAGUGAACCCCAACUUCGUUCCUCGCGGUUGGAUCCUUGAUGAGCUCAUCCAGCGCGUCGAGAAGGGUGGCGAGCGAGAUGUGCUUAACCGCGUCAUGCACAUGUCUCUCAACCCAUUUGAAGAUCGCUGGGAUGGAGAGACAUUCAAUGGAAAGACGUACAAUGGCGAUAAAGAUGAGGAGCUUCGAUGGACAGAUGAUCCCCCAAAGACCGAGCGAGCUAUGCAAUGCAGCUGCAGUUCAUAG